AUGAGAACGGAGGUGGAGAUCUCUUGGAAGCCGCCACCUCUAGAGUGGGUUACUCUCAACUCUGACGGCUCCGUUUAUACUGAUUUAGGCCAUGCAGCUGCCGGUGGCCUGAUUCAAGACCAUACAGGAUUCUGCCUUGCAGCGUACGCGAUUAACCUGUGGAGUUGCUCUAUCACCCGGGCUGAGUUGAGAGGUGCUGUAGAGGGGCUGCAGCUGGCAUGGGACACAGGUUUCAGGCGUGGCAGAGUGGAGCUCGAUUCUUUCUAUGCGGUUCAGCUCUUCGGAAGCUUGGACUCGCCGGAUCACCAGCAGGCAUCCAUUAUCCAUAGGAAUGGCAAUGGGGCAGGUCCGGGCCGGGUAUCUCGAUACCCAUACCCGCCCCGUGGCAGGUCGGGUAAUUAUCAUGCGCGCGUCGAGGCAGGUUGA